AUGGAACAUAUUCGUCCACCACCAGAAUUGGAUUUUUCCACGACAGAUGGAAAUUUACCUGAAAGAUGGAGAAAAUGGGAGCAAACCAUGAAAUUAUACUUAACCAUCGCCAUGAAUGGCAGAACCGACGCAGAGAAAUGCAGUGCUUUCCUGUACAUUAUCGGUCAAGAAGGUAGAGAAAUUUUCAAUACUAUGACAAUAGUUGAAGAAGACAGAGACAAAGUAGAUGUACUUUUCCAAAAGUUUAAGGAGUACUUCGCUCCGAGAGAAAACAUAACAGUGUGGAGACAUAGAUUUCAUACUAGGGUCCAAGGGAAAACAGAAACUAUAGACCAGUAUGUUACUGAUUUAAGAAUCAUAUCUAAGAACUGUAGAUUUGACACAUUAGAAGAUGAAAUGUUACGAGAUAGAAUUGUGUGUGGUGUACACUCCGAGAAAGUGAAAGAGAGACUUCUUAGAGACAAUGAACUUACACUCAUCAAAGCAUUAAGCAUAUGUCGUGCAAAUGAAGAAUCACAGAGCAGGAUGAAAGACUUACAACAAGAAGAACAGAUCAGUGUUGUCAAGUGUGACAGAAACAGACAGUCGGUAAAACCGUCUACAGGAAAUAGACAUACAUUCCAAAAAACUACUGGAACCGGUAAUCAACACACAUCUGGAAAACAGAAAUACAGUGGUCCAAAUUACAAUUCGAGAUCAACAUUUACAUGUGGUAAAUGUGGGAAAAGUCACAGUCGAGGACAUUGUCCGGCAUUUGGGAAAAGAUGUAGCAAGUGUCAUUGGAAAAAUCACUUCGCAGCAAUGUGCAAGACUAAAGCUAUUCAUGCAAACGAUCUAAACGGAGAUGAAGAUUCGCAAGACGAACAAAGAGAAGAUUUUUUCAUCGGAUCGAUCUCAAGCAAAAAUAACAAAGAUGAAAUAUAUGUGAACCUAAAGAUCAAUAAUAAAAUAGUGAAGUUCAAGUUGGACACUGGAUCACAAGUAAAUAUCCUCACAGAUAAAAUCUACGAAAAAAUUCAGACAGGAGAACCACUCGUUGAUACUAGUGUAAGACUUACCAGUUAUUCGGGGGAUUCCAUACCAGUAGCAGGAAAAUGUGUACUUCCAUACAAAGAUCAACAGUUAGAGUUCUAUGUAACUACUGGAAAUCAACCAACCAUACUAGGAUACAAAUCCUGUUGUGAACUAGGAUUUAUAAAAGUCACCUUAUCAACAGGAAUAUCACAGUGUUUCUCUCCUGUUGAUGAAUACACAAGUGUGUUUUCUGGACUUGGAUGUUUGAAAGAACCUUAUACGAUAUGUAUUGAUGACAAAAUUAAACCUGUCAUACACAGUCCAAGGCAAAUACCAGCAGCUUUCCGUGAUGAACUGAAGAAAACCCUGGACAACAUGGAAUCAAAAGGAGUUAUUAAAAAAGUCGAUCAACCUACUGAUUGGGUGAAUUCUCUCGUCAUUGCAGAAAAAGUCAAAACGGGGAAACUUCGUGUGUGUUUAGAUCCCAGAGAUUUAAACAAAGCGAUCAAGCAGGAACAUUUUCAGUUACCAACUAUUGAAGAAAUUACAUCAAGACUGUCUGGAGCUACUGUGUUCAGUAAACUCGAUGCCAAUAGUGGAUACUGGCAAAUACCCCUCGAUGAAGCUAGUCAACUCCUCACUACGUUUCAUUCACCAUUUGGAAGAUAUUGUUUCUGUCGUAUGCCUUUUGGUAUCAAAAGUGCACAGGAAGUAUUCCAAAAGAGAAUUGCGCAACACUUUGACAAUAUUGAUGGUGUAGAAGUUGACAUUGAUGAUAUACUAAUAUGGGGGAGAAAUGAAGAGGAGCACAAUAGAAGACUCAGAGCAGUGUUACAGCGAUGCCAAGAGAUCAACCUUACUCUAAAUAAGGACAAAUGUCUUUUCAAUCAAUCCGAAAUUCAAUACAUAGGACAUGUGAUUUCGAAAAAUGGAGUGAGACCUGAUCCUACGAAAAUAGAAGCCAUUCUUAAAAUGCCACCUCCAACUGACAAGAAAGGAGUCGAACGUCUUUUAGGAACUGUGAACUAUCUUGCCAAAUUUGUUCCUAAUAUGUUAGCGAUUAACGAGCCUAUCAGAUCUUUACUCAGGAGUGAUGUGUUGUUUACAUGGGAAAAACCUCAACAGGAUGCAUUCGAAGCUAUCAAAGACAUUUUAUCUCGUGAACCAAUUCUGACUUUCUUCGAUGUUAAAAAACCAGUAUGUGUUAGUGUUGAUGCUUCAAAGUGUGGUUUAGGUGCUGUGAUCACUCAAGAUGAAAGACCAAUUGCAUAUGCAUCUAGAUCAUUGACAGAGACUGAGAAGCGAUAUGCACAAAUCGGAAAAGAACUGUUAGCUGUUACAUUCGGUUUAGAGAGAUUCCACCAGUAUACCUAUGGUGUCAAUGUCAUUGUUGAGAAUGAUCACAAACCAUUGGAAAAUAUUCUAAGAAAAUCAUUAGUCCAAACUCCUCCAAGGCUACAAAGACUCUUACUUCGUUUACAGAAAUACGAUUUCAACUUCAAGUAUGUUCCAGGAAAACAGUUGAUCAUUGCUGAUACUCUAUCUCGGGCUCAUUUAUCUCCGACAAAGCAACAAAAGAAGAAAUUUGCGAGGAAAUUGAAACUUAUGUUCAUUCCGUGUUUAUACCAAGCAUUCCCAUUUCUAGAAACAUACUUCAAGACAUCAAAAAAGAAACAGCAAAUGAUGCUAUUCUAA